AUGAUAAACAAAGUGUUCUACGAUUUGGUGCGAUCAGCACCAAAAGGUCGUUGGUCUGGGAUUCAAAGGACCUAUGGACCUGAAGAAGUUCAACGAUUGCGUAGUGGUCUCCAGAUUGAAUACACUUUGGCGUUGCAAAAACGUUCAAGAAAGAAACUUAAAAAGGAUGAUAUGUAUUUAGGUUGGCAAAUAGCAGCAGACGGAAACUCAGCCGGAUCCAUGUACCCGGAUCAAAGUUUGUAUCCAUCAAAUUCUGGGCCUGAAAUGGCCCGUAGAAUCAACAAAACUUUGGAGCGUGCUUCGCAAAUCGAACACUCUGAAGGCGGAACGAAACACGAUUGGUUUGUUCCCAUUGUUGCCGAUGCCGAGGCUGGAUUUGGAGGCCCUUUGAAUUGCUUUGAAAUCAUGAAGGCGUAUAUUGAAGCCGGAGUUGCUGGAGUUCAUUUCGAAGAUCAAUUGGCUUCCGAGAAAAAAUGUGGGCAUAUGGGGGGAAAGGUAUUGAUUCCCAGUAGUGCCCAUUUGCGAAAUCUGAAUGCAGCUCGUUUAGCAGCAGAUAUUUGUGGAGUCCCAACCGUCAUUGUGAGUCGAACGGACGCAGAAUCAGCGACACUUUUGACAUCGGACUUCGACGAGCGGGAUCAGGAAUUCAUUGACAUUCCAGCCGGUCGAACUCCAGAAGGAUUUUUCCGACUGAAAAAGGGAAGCGGAUUGAAACACUGCAUAAAACGAAGUAUCGGUGCAGCUCCAUUUACAGACCUUCUUUGGUGGGAAACUUCGACGCCAAAUUUAGAACAUGCAAAAGAAUUCGCAGAGGCGGUCGAACUCGGAGCCAUGGGCUACAAAUUUCAAUUCAUUACGCUAGCUGGAUUCCAUUCACUGAACUUUGGAAUGUUCGAACUUGCUCGAAACUACAAGGAUCGUGGAAUGGCCGCCUAUUCAGAAGUUCAACAGGAGGAAUUUGAAGCUGAAAAACAUGGAUACACGGCCGUUCGGCACCAACGUGAAGUUGGAACUGGAUAUUUCGAUAUGGUGGCUAUGGCUGUUACAGGUAAAGAAAUCGAACUGAUCGAAUUCAUGAUCACCAAUGACGCGUGA